AGCUGGCGGGGGGAGUGGGGGUGGCGAAGCGACCGGAGCCACCGGCGACGGCGCUGGGGGCGAUUCCGGCGCGCAGACCUCUGGCGCUUUGGUCACCGGACUACCCGGCGAGGAAAAUCUGAACAAAAAUUCCGAUAACUACAAGGCCAUGCAGGCCGGCGUGGACCUGGACACGUACCGGAAGUCGUUUCAGUACAACAUUUCCAAGGAUUGUCGCACCUCGGUAGAGUUAUUCCGCAAGCACGCCAUGAAGGUGACCAAACUCGAGCACUACAUGCCCAUCAUCUACAAGUGCGAGACUCGGGCGCGGAACGCGUUCCUCGCUUACGACAAGCAGGACACGUCGAAAAUCCUCCAUAUGCGGUGGUGGCUGUUUAUAGCCGUGCAGCGCAUGAUCGUGGACCGGUUUUCGUUGCGGCGGGAUGGGUCGAUCUCGGUGGCCAAGGACAACUUCAUGCGACUAGACUCCGAGCAGAUACACGACGAUCAGGAGGUUUCCUACUUUCGCCAGGUCGUGUAUGGAAGUGUCAGGUUUGAAAUCGACAAAGUUGAGAUAAUUUCUCAUGCAUAAAUUGCAAGGCAUGAAGUGCCUCUCUUGCAGGGAUUGCAAUUGAGGCCGACAGUCAGCCUGUUUGGGGUCUGCGGUAGAGCUGCUAAAGUAGCAUGACAAAAAACGCCUUCUGUCCCUAAACAGCAUGACAAACUGGAUCUAGACGGUGCCGAAAUUUGUCAUGCGCCGCUUGGAAAUUGGGCUUCCAACUUGUAUCGAUUUUAUGCAUGAGAAAGUAUUAUUUCAACUUUGACGAUUUCAAUCCUGACACUCCCAUAUCGUGCGACGGUGUCUGGACGAGUUGGCGAACGAUUGGCGGUGGAAAAACAUUGUGAACGGAAUGAUCCACCGCUCGAUCCGCCUGUUUGCGGAGGGGAAAUUCCAGCUGCCCAGCAAUAUGAAGUACGUGGCAAACCACAACGCGUCCAUCGACUCGCAAACGGGUCUCGUGAAGAAAAAGAAAAACAAAAACUUCAUCCACAUAAAACAGCAGAUUGACGCGAUUUGCCAACUCGAAUUACUCGUGAAGCUACUCAUGGACGACCUGCUUAUGAAAUGCAAAAGUAUCGUACUUGUAGUAUAAAUUGCAUUACAAAUUUAUUCCUAGCAUGACAAAUGGAAUGUGUCAUGCUGUUUUAGCUUAGGAAGGCAACUUGUCAUGCAUAAUUGCGAUUACUACGAGUGCGAUACUUUUGCACAGCAUACUGCUCCUUCCGCUGCAACUGACCGUGACCCCCAUCACCCAUGCGCAGUACAUUUUCGAAAAGUCGUAUCGCAAGAAAAAACUGUUUCACUGUAAACUUGUGAUGCAUAAAAUUGAACACAGAACUAUUUGUCUUGUGACAUGCAAGACAGUGGAUUUUUAGCUGUGUUUUCCUUUAGGAACCUUGCAUGGCAAAUUUUUUCUGUCUGUGUCUGUCAUGUAGAACAAACUUGUGAUGCAAAACCUGCAAAAGCCUUACAGUGAAACACUUUUUUCUCACGAUAAGUGGUUCGUGAUUGACAAGGACGCUUUGGAAAAAACGAAAAUCCGGCAGGGCGCGCCGCCGUCGAACAAGGCGAAGUUUGGGGCAUUUGUGUCCCUUAUCGUGAAGCGGGAAAAGAAAGAGGACAAAGCGACAGGGAAAAAAGGCGGUCUUGCUGCCAUGCAGGGUGGGAACAAAAGUAGUACACAGAGUCACGGAACAGGCGGUCUUACGCUACCGCUGGGCAUGAACAAGGACGGCCAGAAGAAGGUAGAGUUUGAAAACUUGGAGGAACUCGAAGACGAAGACCACUCGCAAUCGCCGCUGAUAUGGAUUGCAAAUAUGUCUGGGUCUGGAAGAUUCUAAACUUGUAAUGCUGUCUCUGGAUUCUAAAAAAAUUUGUAUUGCAUCAUGACCAGCAAGAGGACUCCAGUUUGUGCUAUGCGGAGAGGGCAUUUCUCAUGCGGUAGAGGCAUCGCAAAGUCCUCUAAAGAUCUGUGAUGCCAGGGCAUGCGUCAUAGACAUCAUGGGUCAUUCAAAAUAUGCAUGACAAACCUGGCCAUCUUCCAGACCCAGACAUUUUUGGAGUUGAUAGCUGAACCGCAGACACAACGUGUCGAAGGCCGAUAUGGCGUUCUCAACUGUUACAUUCUGCAGUGUUACAUGAACGUGUAAUGCAAAAUUGCCAUCAGCCUCCAGGCGAUCAAGGUACUCCGCAUGACAAACCGCCCAAGGGCGACGCAGCAUGAUGAGUACUACGUUCCAAAUUUGUAAUGCAAAAUGCGCAAUCCGCCCGUUCUCACUUUUACUGUUCUUGCACCACAGAUUCGUGCUGUAACGGUUGAGAAUGUAACGUUUGAGAACCCCAUAGCCGACCGCAUGGCGAAGGAUUUGGAGAGGAAGUACUUUGGGGUAAAUAACGAAAAAAUGAAGCACCUGUCCGAAAACGACAUUCGGUUACGCAAAGGCGCUCUGAAACCGCGCAUGGUGUCACCAACACGACGGAUAGAGCUGCGGCAGGAAGAAGCGGAAAGACAAAAGGCGGAGUUCAAAAAUAACGCGGGUGGCGGUACGCUCUGUAAAAACGUCCCCAAAUUCCCCAGAGUUCUUGUCAUGCGCAUCAGCAUGCAUAAAAUGUUUCUCAUGCGGAGCUCCAUGAGAAGCAUUUUCUAGUAGUCGCGUUUUGGAAUUUGUGAUGCUCAAAUCAGCAUAGGAUGUGAGACUUGUGAUGCUGAUGCACUAGCCGAACAGGAUUACACUAUGAGCCCAAAGAACUUGUCAUGCGCAACGACCAAAGCUUGUUGAUUUGUCUAGCAGUUUUCUCAUCCUGACUCUUGGGUGGGGACGUUUUUGCUCAGGAUAGGCGGCGCGGCGAAGCUGAAUGUCGUACAGGUGAACGAGAAGUAUGGUACGCUGGAGAUUAAGGACCGCCCCGAGUCUAUCCUGUGCAAAAGUAUCGUACUCGUAUUGCAAUCAUGCAUUACAAAUCCUUUUCUUAAGGUCAACCAGCAUUACAAAUUUUAUUUCUCAUGCUGAGGAAAUUUGUAAUGCAUUUAUACGAGUACGAUGCUUUUGCUGUUCAUAGAGUUGCUUCUCCCGGACGCCUUAGUUUCCGUUUCCGACAGCGAUAAGCAGCUGGACGAACUCUGCAAGUACUUCGCGAAAUUGUCAAAACUCACACAAUAUCAACUGCAAAUACGUGUGGGUCCUCUGGAAGACUUGGAACUUGUGAUGCAAACUCUGGAGGAACACACAAUAAUUUGAAUUUGUGUUGCGUGAGCGCUAAAAGCUGCCGAUUUCUUGGUACGCAAGUAGGAAGUUAUUUCUCAUGCGGGACCACAGGCAUCAUGCGGCGCGCUCGACCUGUGAUGCUUUUGCCUGCAUCAGACGCCAUUCGCGUGAUCCGAAAUAUGCAUGACAAAAAAUCUCGCAAUCUUCCAGACCCAGACAUGUUUGCACUUGAUACACAACUAGCGAGAUACGACGUGCGGGACGUUCUCGAGUUGCAAAAAAUCCCGUUUUAUGCAUUGCAAAAGCAUCGUACUAGUAUGAAUUGCAUUACAAAUUUCCUCAGCAUGAGAACAAAUGGAACUUGUAAUGCUGAUCGACCUUAGGGAAAAGAAAAAUACUUGUAAUGCAUAAUUGCAAUUACUACGAGCACGAUGCUUUUGCACUGGAUACGUUCCCGCGAUUCGAAUACCGAGAGUUUCGCGAGUUUAAAAGGAUAGAUGUGGAACUCUACAACAUGACAGAAAACGCGUUACUCCAGUCAGGCUACAACAUUUUCACCGAACCAGUACCGUGCAACCUGAAAUCCUGGGUGGACAGCGAGAUCGUGAUAUCAUGAGGAAAAAUCCCCCCUCCCCAUAUCGAAAACGAAACUUGUCAUGCUGUAUUUGAGUACACAAAUCGACUUGUAUUGCUGGAAGGCAAAGAGACGCAGUUGUGGCCUCGCUUGCAGGCAAUUUGUCAUGCUGUUCCCCUCUUCCAGCUUUCUCCUGUCAUGCUGAAGAUGCAAGGCUUUCCCACGCAGCCCAGCAGUACAGUCCGCAUCUUUUCCCUUCUGGCAUGACAAAGCUGAUUUGUGACCACAAAUCUGCAUCACAGACUUCCAAUGUGAUAUGGGGAGAGGGGAUUUUUCAUUUUGAUACGUGAAUGUGAAAUGCCCGCACUGGGAGGAUGAAGACGCGAGAUCCGAUAUCCGGAGUAAAAAUCGGUUCCCACGACCGUUUAGUCAACAAGUUGGCAAAUCUGCAACACAAAUCUCCAAGUUUUGGCUGUCGAGCAUGACAAGUCUGGGCUCGUAAUGUAUUAAUCCUGUUUAGCUAGUGCAGCCGCAUGCCAAAUUGACUACCUUAUGCUGAUUCCAGCAUGUUGACAAACUCCCAAAUAGCAUUGCGAAAUGGCUGUCAUGGGGCCCUUCGCAUGAGAAACAUUUUCAGCAUGCAGAUUUGCAUAUACAACAACCUUGGUGCGUGGGGAGGUUUUUCCUCGGGAUAUCCGACGAUAAAACGGCCGAGGACGACUACGAGUUGCAAAACCCCAACAUCAAGGACUUUUGUUGGCUGCCGAUCAACGGAAAAACGCUGGAUUUAGACGUGCCGGGGGACUUUGACGCGAAGCACUUGGCGACCUUCUACGAAACCGACUACAUCCACUCUAUUCCGCACAGGUGUCCAAAGUACAGCCUCUUUUUCUACGACGAGCCGCGACCAAAGAAGUACGUGAAGAUCGACGGAAAAUUGUACGAAGUAAAUGAAGAAACGGGGCAGAUUUUGGACAACUACUUGCCCAAGGAGGAGCGGGCCCGGAUAGACAAGACAAGGCAGGAUUACAACAAGAAAAUUUUGGACUUAAAGGAUAAAGAAAUGUUCGACCUAGAUCGCGACGAAACGUACGACGGGCCGUAUUACAAUGAAAAUGCCCCCACCCCGGAAAGAAUUUGCAAAAGUUUCUCAUGCAAAGUUUCCAAAUGAGUAUGAGACCUUUUUGUCUUGCAUGAAAGGACUACGAGCCUUGCUGAUGCAGAAUCUAGGCGCGCAAGGUGUCUUGUGCAUAACAGACCCGGCUACUGUUGCGGUCCUUUGCAACACAAAUUUGAGAUAUUUAGCAUGGAAAAUUGAAAUUUGUGAUGCUGAUACAUGCAAGACGGGGAAGGUUCUUUCCAUUGGAAAGGUUUGCAAUACAAAUGCUGCCAAGUUCUGGGGCGGGGGCAUUUUUUACUGUAAUAGGCCGCCCACGGAGGAGAUGCUCGCGCUCCUGGCGGAAAUGAACAACGCACUGCAGCCGCACAUUAUCCAGGGAAAAAACUGUUUCAGUGUGAUGGUUUUGCAAGAUCCGCAUUACAAGUUUGCUACACAUGACACAGAAAAUUUGUCAUGCGCGCUUCCCAAGGGAAAACACGCUAAAAAUUCCAAUGCCUUGCAGGUGUGGCAAGCCAAAUAGUUCUGUGUUCCAUUCUAUGCAUCACAAGUUCACAGUGAAACAGUUUUUCGUUGCAUACACAUCUACCGCUGGGAUUUCAAGAAUGAAGUGGUCCAGGAAGAACUCCCCGUUGUAAAGACGGUUGAGAAGAAGGAAUCGCAGGAAGAGGAAAGAAUAGAAGCUAUCCUGAGUAAAAACGUACCCGCACCAGCGUCAGGAUGGGGAUUUUGCAACACAAACCUAGGAGUUUUGUGAGUCACGCAUGACAAGUUGCACUCCGCAGCGUAGUGCAAGUUAGCAAGGGCAGCCGCAUCACAGAUUCAUCUGCUCAUCCUGUUCACAGCAUCACAAAUUCCAAAACACGACUGGAAAUGGCUCUCAUGCGGAUGCGCAUUACAAGUCUUCCUGUCUUUGCAAAUCUGCAUUACAACUCUGGUGUGGGUACGUUUUUACUCAGGAUAGAAGCGCGGGGGGAGAAGAUAAAUCCAGGGGAGUUAGAAGACAGCGACCAGGAUGCAGGUAUAGCUGUUGUGAGUGAAGAAAACCAAUACCAAAAUCCAUAUCUCGCUGUUUUGUUUCGGUAACAAGCAUGAGAAAAGAAAUUAGUGUGGGAUUUUCGUAUGACAAGCACAGUGUCAAUAACAUCAAUCAGGUUCUAACGCGCAAUCCGAGAAGGAAAAACUGGAAUCGGAAUUGCAGCAGCUGAACGAAAUUUUGAACGAAGGUAUGCAAGAAAAACACUGUGUCUGUCAUGCGGGACAUGCAAGGCAGUACUCACCUGUCAUGCUGGGCAUGCCUUGCAGGAAGUCCAAAGUCGUGCGCACGCAAUGUUUUUCCUUUGGAUAGAGCGCCCCCGGUAUGAGACCGAGGAGGAAAAGUUUGCCUACAAUCAAGUCAAGGAAGGCUACUGGAACCUGCAGCUUUCCCUCCACUUUAACACGAAAAUCCAAGAAUCCCAGCUCAUCCUGACCGCGUUUCCGUUUUGCGUCCGGUUUCACCCUAUCAAAUGCAAAAGUGUCUGGGUCUGGAAGAGUCAUGCUGUUUUUGCAUGACACAGAAGGUCUGGCAUGGAAGCUCUAGCGUCACAGGUUUCGAGAAGCUUCCGCAAUGCCGAACCCGCAUGACAAAUCCCCCAUUUUGGUGACAGAAAGUGGGCAGCUUUUGCUGCCUAUGCAUGAGAGAUUUUUCUGUGUUCUGAAAUGCGCAUCACAAGUUUGUAUUCUUCCAGACCCGGACAUAUUUGCAUUUGAUACACCCCUUGAAUUUCGUCUACGGGUCCAGUUUUUUCUUGACGGCGUAUCCCGUGCAAAAGUAUCGUACUCGUAGUAAUUGUGUGUAUGCAUUACAAAUCUCUUUCUCAAGGUAAAUCAGCAUUACAAAUUCAAUUUGUAAUGCUGGGCUAAUUUGUAAUGCAAUUUAAAUUUAUACUAGUACGAUGCUUUUGCACUGCAUACGGCGGCGCUGUUCGCGAAUUUCGGGACGCGGUUGCGGUAUCUCGGCUUGAUAUCCCACGAAAAAACUGUUUCACUGUGGUGAUUUUGCAAGAUCUGCAUCACAAGUUUGUUUAUACACAUGACACUGAAAAUCUGUCGUGCGGGCUUCCCAAGGGAAAACACGCUUGAAAAUCCAAUGUCUUGUAGCUGUAGCAAGACAGGCAGUUCUGGGUUCCAUUUUCUGCAUCACAAGUUCACAGUGAAAAAGUUUUUUCUUGCGAUAUUUGAACUACUGUGCGGAUGUGGACACGAACAUUUUGCGCGUGAUUUUACUGAAGUGCCCAAACCUGAUAUCAAACAAGAAAAGUUCGUCACGAUCACUCAUUCGCAUUUUUGCAAUACAAAACUUUCUGUCAUGCGUGAAAAUGCAUCACAGCUGCCAAACUUCCGUAGGGAUUUCCCCAGUGUUUCUGCAAUGCAGAGGAAAGCUGUGAUGCCAAAAAAAUUUGUGAUGCAAAACCUGCAAGGGCAAGCUAGUGACUGUGACCAACUUUUUUCUCGCCAAACCUGAUGGUGUUAGACGUCACCGGGAUCGUGCGGGAGGGGCACAAAAGGUUGAAGGAGAUUAUGUUGGCGUUCUCAACUGUUACAUUCUCAACUGUUACAAUGAAUUUGUGAUGCAAGAAUGGCAAAUGUCAAAGGGGUGUCCUUGCGCGUCUCGCAUGACAGAGUUGGCGCAGAUUUUCAGCCUGUUUGGCUCUUCGAGAAUUUGUCAUGCGAAGCAGCUUGAUCGUAUCAAUUCUAAUUGUGAUUUUGCAUGACAAAUCAUGUAACAGCUGAGAAUGUAACGUUUGAGAACGCCAUAGAGAUUCGGGAAAACGGGAUGAAAUACGAACUAGAAACGCAGACCGACAACAGCCGCUAUCACCUGCAAAAAUGUCUGGGUCUGGAAACUUGUGAUGCUGGAUGGCGAUGAUUGAGCAUACUCCUGAGUGCGACCAAGCAUGACAAAUUUUUCGGACACUUUCUCAUGCGUAUUGCGCAUGAGAAACUGCGCUUUUGCAUGACAAAAGAAGGCUCCUUUGCCUCGUCUUGCAAUACAGAUUUUACACGAAUCCAAGCCACGCAAUACAGGUUCCACUUUUCCAGACCCAGACAUAUUUGCAUUUGAUAGCCGCCCGGGCACGGCAAAUCAACCGCAAAGCACGCCGCCCCAGCCCUCGAGCUUCGAGGAGGAAACGGAAGAAGAUAGAAAGCUGAAACACGCAAGAAAGGCGUACGCGACGGUGGCAGAGCAUGUGGCGAAGAAGAAAAUGAACGGGUUACUGAACCGGGAGCAGGGAGGUACAGAUACGGUGUUUGUCAUGCAGGAUUUAUUUCGAUUUUAUUGUUUGUCAUGCAAAUUUUUUUAAACGACAGACCCGCGCCCGCGGCGCUUCGUAGUACAUGCGUUUUCUUCGUACAGUCGAACGAUAUGAGCAUCAGAGCUUCAAAGCCAUAUAAUACUAAAAAACAGAAUACGACCGCUUUCACGACCUGCUCCCCGGUAUCCCCGUUGACGCCCUCUGCCAACUUGUCGAGCAGCAUAAAUACUUGAAAGUGCUGAUCGCAAAUGAGUCCAGGUUGGAGCCCGAUUCCGUCUUGAGACUCCUCUACUCCUGUACCGUGAUGAACAGCCAUUCGCUCGCGCAGCUGCAGUAUGCAUUGCAAAAGCAUCGCACAAGUAUGAAUUGCAUCACAAAUUUUUUUGGAAGGAAAAAUGGAACUUGUCAUGCUGAAUUACUUAAAGAAAUCACAUUUGUCAUGGGGGUCUCGCAUUUAUAGUUAUACGAGUGCGAUACUUUUGCAAUGCAUAUGCAGUUUGCAAACGCGUACGACUGUAUCAAAGCGCCGGAAAUCCACGAUCCGGACACGUGGGACACGAUCAUCACUCAACUUGACGACUACGUGUUGAAGCGCGGCGAGCGGUGUGUUGACCGGGGCGAAUUCAUUGCGUAUGAGCAAGGAAUCAGCUGGCGGAAGCAGCCGAAGCCCCACACGACUUCUUCCUUGACGCGAGAGGGGUACGGGGAAAAAGCGCCGGUCCCGGUUUCUAUCGAGGACAUGCAGAAGCACGUGCAUUCGAUUUCGCAGGACCUGAUGGCGUAUCAAAUGCAAAUAUGUCUGGGUCUGGAAGAUUCCGAAACUUGUCAUGCAGAUUUUCCACAACCCUUGUCGUCUGGAAUGCAGGACCCAGCAUGAGAGAUUUUGUGAGAUCCUCAUCAUGGCCAUUCUGCAUGAGAAACUUCCCCUCAACUUGGUCAAAAGUGGCCAACUUUUGGCAUUCAUGCAACACAGAUUUUUGCACGAUCCAGAAUUAGCAUUACAGGUUGCAGCGUUACAGACCCAGACAUAUUUGCAAUGCAUAUGGCGCAGCGGGACAAAGCCGUGGAUGCGAGGUCGAAAAUCACGCUGGACGAGAUCCAUAUGAACUGCAAAAGUAUCGUACUCGUAGUAAUUGCAAUCAUGCAUUACAAAUCUCUCUCUUGUCGCAAAUCCGCAUUACAAAUUCCAUUUCUCAUGCUAAACAAAUUUGUGAUGCAAUUCUAGUACGAUGCUUUUGCGGUUCAUAAUCCACCAGAAAAUGCAACGGGUGCAUCAGUUGUUACUCCAUCCGCAAAUUCGCCUGUACGAAGACUUCGCCGACGCACCAGAAGAAGAACUCGAUGACGCAGCCUUGCUCGCGGCAGCAGAAGCGGCGGCGGCGGGGUAAGGAGAAGGGAGUGUAUCUAUUGCCGGGUAAAAAUUUGAAGACCUUCAAUGAUCGUGCUUCCUUGAUGAAUUCAACAGAUUAAUGAAAGUCAACUGAUGAAUUUUACGAUUUUUCCAAGCAACAUCCACUGUCUGUACGAUUUUUCCUUUUAAUACGAUUUAUCAAUGCUAAAAGUUUACAACGAUGAAAAUCAAAAUAGUAAACCGGUGAUUUUGCUUCGCUAGGGAAUCACAUGUUGUACAAAAGCUUUGCUGAAGACACGAUUCACUUGGAUACACAAGAACGUCAAAAAUGUAUUAAAAAAUAGCGCCACCUCCCUGUAUUAUCUAGAUCUCCUCCAGGCUCGUCGCUCUGGUGUGUGAAUUGCGUGCCAGCAAUCGCGGGCUAAGAUUGUACCAGCGAUUCCUUAAUUGCACAAACACAAUGUUUUGCUGACCACCGGCAGCUUUCUUCGUUCGCAG